AUGCCGGUUGAUCACUUUCAUAAUGAAUCUCGAUACGAACCUCAUACCAACGCAACAUUUGAACAGUUCUACUGGCUGGAUACCAGCAACUAUGUCCCUGGAGGCCCAGUCAUUAUCCAUGCUAUCGGCGAGGAUUCGCCUUCAUAUGACUUUCAAUGGCUUCAAAAGGGCCUUCUCCAUGACAUCGCCAAUGCCACUGGAGGAGUUGCGGUCCUAUGGGGCCAAAGGUACUACAGUGGCGGCGCCAUUGUUCCCAGUUCCCAGUAUACCACCGAAAACCUUCGCUUUCAUAGUACCGAGCAGGCGAUGGCCGACCUCGCAUACUUUGCCCAAAGAGUAAGCUUCCCCGGGCUCGGGGAUCGAAACCUUACCGCCCCUACGACCCCUUGGAUCAUACUGAGCGGGUCGUACGGUGGAAUUAUAUCGGCCUUCACCCGUGUUCAAUAUCCUGACCUCUUUUGGGGCGGGCUGUCCUCUUCUGGGAUUACCGUCCCCAUCGAUGAUGACUGGCAAUUUUAUGAUGUGAUACGGCAAUAUGGACCAUCGGCGUGUGUCAAGAAACAGCAAGAAUUAACAAAUUUAAUGGACAAUAUUUAUGCCAGUGGCAACAAGACUGCGAUGUCUGAGCUCUACGCUGGCUUCAAUGUUUCGGAUGCCACGGAAUAUCCUGAUCUAGCAUAUUUCCUUACAGGCCCUUUGGGGUCUUGGGACCAAUCUUGGAAUUCACAACCGUCUCCUCUGGAUCGUAAGCAUUGUGUCAAUCAUCACAACCUCUAUUCCUCGGAUGCAAGCGCUGACCAGACUCUCGCUCGCAUAGGUCAUGGUUCCUACUGCGACUUCAUCACUUCUCAGACCAACGUAACUGUGGCUGACACGGCUCUUCAGACAAUGGCACAUUCCUCGGUUACGUAUGCCAACAAGACUACAACCCCUAAUGCCACAGACCUCUCCUAUCCGCUCCUGAAUCUGUUCCUCUACCGCGAACGCACAGAAUAUGGCUCUUUUGCAACAGGAUACACCCCUGGCACACCGGACCGCCCUGAUACCCUGCCCUUGGUCUCCCGCACACUGUCGCUAGAUUACUUUCUCAGCCAGUGUCACACUACCUAUACCAUCACGUACAAUCCACAGCUUGAGCUGUUUAAUAAAUACGGCGGGUUCCGGCUGUCCUAUCCUCGCCUGGCCCUCUCGACUGGCCAGCUCGAUUACUAUCGACCACUGACGCCACUGGCAGAGUUCCUGGAGAAUCAAAGCCCUAACCCGCGUGCAAAGAGUAAUGACACGGGUAGCGACCCGGAAAUCGUGAUCGAGGGCGGGUGCCACGAAUAG